GGUCUUCUUUCAAUAAACAUUUCAUGUUUCUUCUUCACCUUCGAGCUGCAUAUAUGCGGUAUACUUAUACUAACCUUGACUAGUCAGGCCGUGACAAUGAUGUAGAUGCAUUUGACUGCCUGUGGAUAGUAUCCUCAGUUGCAUUUCUUCUUUCCGUCAAAAGCUUCAAACUCCUCAGGUCCUGCAUUUGUCUAUGUACGACUUGUUGGUACUUGAAAUCAAUCUGUCGUUGGCGCUUCCAAUGGUCUUCGGAUGUAUAGCCGCCGCCGCUUUGAAAGGGCUCCGACUCCUGUCACCUCGGACGUCGCAUCUGCAUUGUCAAUGGACGAUCAUCACCCGUACGUAGCCUCCAUGUGGGUGAGAUUCCAAAGGUGCAUGCGUAUAUAAGGUGCACUCCAGGCAGUUGUCAGCCAUCCUUUUCAGUCGUUCAGAUGGGUUUCCCAUCUUCCGAUGUGCUAGCCCCGUUUUAUCUAUCACAAGCUGAAGGGUAUGUUAUAGUAGCCUUUCUCACGCUUUGGACCUGGGAGCUCCUCAUAUCCUUUGCAGAUGAUGUGGAAAUGUUUACCGGACGGAGAUUCGCUCUAUACGAUACAGUAUAUGUCUUGGCUCGGACGACAACUGGGGGAUUGCUCAUGUCGACUCUGGGAUUCUUAGCACAAUCUGGAACCGGUCGUGAACCAGCCCUAAAAGCUGUCGCCUGGUUCGAAGCCUUCUCUUUGAUUUUGAAUUCACUUCUCUUUCUUUUCCGAGCAUUAGCUGUAUUUUCUUUAUCACCAAAGAUCAAGGCGGUCUUCGGCUUUCUGUGGCUGAUAACGCUUACGGCGGCGUUAACUAUGCCAUUCAGUUCCACCCCUAACGUCAGGACGUUCGCAUCAGUAUCCUUCGCCCUCGUUACAGCAUUUGAUACUGCCGUCUUCGUCGCGAUAUCCUUAGAGGGAUUGGGUCAAGCAUCGAGGGCACUGCUACUGACAGGACAGUUGUAUUACUUGACAAUGAUCCCAGUGAACACAAUGGCUAUAAUCGUCAUUUUUUCGUCGGAGUCUACGUUUCCUCCCAUCUUGAAGUUCGCAUUUGUCCUUGCCGCUCUUGCCAUGCAGAACAUCAUGGCCUCCAAGGUGUUUCGUCUACUCAAAUUCGGCCGUCUCCAAGAAAAUGCCUCUCUGGUCCACAUGUCUCAGGGUGAAAGGACGCAGAGUAUCUGUUUCGCCCACCAAAUCGAACCUGCAUGUUCUGGUGAUUUUGUGUCAUCCGUGAGCAUGUGGUUGAUCCCGACAACGGGCAGGGGGGGAUGGCGGAAUGUUCACAAUCGCCCAGUCCAUUGCAUAGCGCCUUUUCACUUCGUUCUCAUCAUUGCUGAAAGCAUCUUGAUCUCGUCGUCGGUAUAUAUUACCUUUACCUUAACGAUCUCGCAUAAUCAGAAUAAUUGCGCAACAAAAACAAAGCAUUCUUAGUAUGAACGAAUGCACCUGCUGUAUGUUGUGACUUUAA